CACAGCGCAGCGGUCUCUUAGACGCUACCAACGUUGCUAUUGCCAAAUACCCCUUGCUUAGUGCAGUUAGGUGGUCAUGGGCUAAAGAUUUGAUGCGAUUAAAGGACACCACGACGUUCAUAUCUGAAAAGGUUUUGCACAACCUGUGUGAUAAUUGCUAUCGCUGAAGGGUUGUGAAGAGAAUCAGUGCAGUGAAUGUGUGUGAAAAGCCUUUGCGAGGCCAGUGCUGUGGGUGGAAAAGGAUUUGACGGCAGAGAUGACGGAGUUCUAUGGACCAUGGGACGACAAGCCAGGCGAGGACGACGAUGUGGUGGAAACGGUGGAAACAGUGGAGACCGUUACCACGACCACUACAAAGACACGAUACCCAUCCAAGUCGUCAUCCACAAAGACGACGACAAUGACGACGCCAGCCAAGCUGUAUGGACGGGAGCUGUCGUCUUACGACGAGGUGGACGUAGAUGAACUGCUGUCCAAGUUAACACAAGAGGAACUUACUAUGUUGGCGAAAGAAGUUGAUCCAGACGACACAUUCCUCCCGCCGUCACAGCGCAACAAUUACGAUUGUGAAAAGGACCCAACGGGCCCUCUCAACCGGAAGAAGCUGAUCGAGCACAUCAAUAAGCAAGCGCUGGAGACGCCAGACCGGCCCGAGGUGAAGCCCUACGUCGCUGGAGUUAUACGUGGCAAGAAGUGGAUCCCACCGCCGCCGCCAGAGAAGGUGCGGGAUGCGGAGGAACAGAUCUCAAUAGACCUAGGGGAUGAGUACGAGGAAGCCCUGGGUACCGCCUCACAGGAAGAAAUCAUCGAUCUCGCUGCCAUAUUGGGUUUCCAUUCUAUGAUGAACCAGGACCAGUAUCACGCAUCACUUUUAAACAAAGGUCAACCAGUCGGCCUCGGCUGGGAUGGCAUCACUAAAGCUUCAAAACCUAAAGUAUACCCCAUGGACCCCCCUAAUGACACAGACCCAGAUGACACAAUCAAGAGGGUACAAGAAAACGACCAGAAAUUGACUGAUCUUAACUGGAACAAUAUCAAGAACAUAAGCGACGAGAAGUUCGAGAAGCUGUUCGAGGCGCUGAAGACUAACACGCACGUGGAGGUGGUGUCGCUGGUGAACGUGGGGCUGCACGACCGCGCCGUGCAGCAGCUGGCCGCCGCGCUCGAGGCCAACAGCUCGCUGCGCGUCCUCAACGUGGAGACCAACUUCAUCAGCCCCGCCGGCGUCGUGCAGCUCGUGCGCGCGCUCCUGCCCACCGCCAGCGUCGAGGAGUUCCGCGCCUCCAACCAGAGGUCACAAGUUCUCGGUAACAAGAUCGAGAUGGAGAUCACCGCCCUAGUGGAACAGAAUCCUACUCUCCUACGGCUGGGCUUACAUCUGGAAUACUCGGACGCACGCCACCGCGUCGCCAGCCACCUGCAGCGCAACAUCGACAGAAAUUGCCGAAUACAAAAGCGAGCUAGCGCAUCGCUAAGCUUGCGAUUGCCCCGCGGCCGACCCCCGGCCGUUGGGGUCGACAGUAGCUUCUUCAACCUUACUCCGCCUAGCGCUGAGGCAGUCACUCCCACGAUAGAUGAGCAAAAGACUAUAACAGAUCAGCCAAUGACGACUGAAAAUGUUGAAAAAUCAACUGUGAUUGAAGCUGCAGAGAGCCCUGUCGAAAAUAAGAUGGUGGGUGAAAAAAUAAUACCAAUCGAUGUUGAAAACCAAAAAGAAACGGAUAAUGUAGUAUCGAAUGAACAGCAACCAGCAGAUAGUACGGUGGUAUCGGUUCCGGACGAUACCCAACCGGUACCAGAUAAAGUGGAAACGGUUGAUUCUGAGAAACCCGAGACGCAGUCACAGGAAGAUGUACAGAGGCUACCUGAACCCUUUGUGCUGGCGCAGAGGCCAGACGUAAACCCCAAUCCCCACUCUACGAAAAGACCUAACGCUGCGACUUCAGUUCAGGUUCUUUAACAACAUGCAAAAAGCGGCGCGUAGCCAAUAGUUACACGAAGGUGGUCGUCUGCGCCGCUUGACCCAGUUCACUCGGAGCCGCAGCUACGUGGUGGGCUGGAUCCCCUGAGCUGGCGAUUCUCCACCGCGCCUGCCCUCUUGCUGGCCUCAACGCUUUUUCGCAACGGUAUUUGUGACUGUGUAGUAUAUAUAUAUAUACGUUAUACGCCAGAUACUUCAAAUGUUUGCACAAAUAUUGGUGCUCAAACACGCAUUUUGAUGCAAAUAAAAGCGUAUUCGCUACGUUUGCAAACACGUGCUCUCAUAGUACUCAGUAAUAAACUUUCGUAUAAUUCACGCUAUAUGUAUUUGUAAUUUAAACGCUUUAAUGUUUGUUAAAAACUGAUAAAAAGUACAAAUGUUUGUUCAAACUUUGAAACUACGACUGGCACAGGAUAGCAGGUAAUCAGCACAAAAGUAGCAUAAAGGUCAUUUUAUAAA